AGGAGAAUAGAAUGAAGGGAGGAAGCAAGAGGAAGACGGAGACGGAGAAGGAGAAGAAGGUAGAAGAUGAAGUGGAACAGAUGUUGCAAGCUGCGCAAGAUCAAAUCCUCUUGAAUCUCUCCCUCAAUUCUCACAUAGCCCGCGCUUCUCCUUCUGCUGCUGAAAAGAACAACGAGGGUGAUUUGGAUCUCGAUCUCGAUCUCGAUCUGGAGCUGGAGCGUCGUUUCCAAGCCCUUAAAAUGAAAUCCAACUCUUCUCUUUCUCAAUCACAAGAUCGGGAACUCGGAGAUAAUCUCUCCGCUCGAUUCUCUGCUCUCAAAGCCAAAUCCUCUUCUGUAGGCCGCACCGUUGCCGCAUCCGAUUCCAACGCCUUAUAUGAUUAUGAUGAAGAAAGCGAAGACGAAGAGUCUCAGGUUCAGAAAUUGAUGGACUGGGCUAAGGAUGCUGCACGUCUUGAUCCUUCUCCACCCUCCGAUGACGACGAUCCACAUCCUUAGAACGUGGAAACCUAUCCAAUCCUAUUUCUACAAUCUCUCAGGUUUAGAGAGGAAUCCUUCUCAUUAAUUACUGUUAGAUGUUCAUACAUACUUUUGUUUUCCCU